AUUUUCCAUGUUCUGGACCGCCACCACGCGGAGCGGCGCGCCGCAUAAGCUCGACGGCGACGUCGCCUCCUUCGCCGCGCUGCUCGGCAGGCUCGCCGCUCGCGACGGCGGCCUCUCGGACGAGGAGGCGGCCGCGGCGGAGCUCUUCGACUGGACCGCUCCGCUCCACGUCGCCCGCUCGCCUGGCCGGCUCGACGUGAUGGGAGGCAUUGCGGACUACUCCGGCUCGCGCGUGCUGCAGAUGCCCAUCGGCGAGGCGUGCCUCGUCGCCGCCCAGCGUCAGCCCGCCUCUGCCGGCGUGCGGGCCGCCUCGUUUGGCUCGGCGGCGGGCGGGCGCACGUCGGUGGUGCACGUGGCGCUCUCGGAGCUCGCGGGCCCGGCCGGGCCGGUGCCGCUCGCCGAGCUGCGCGCCCGCCUCACGUCCGACGGCCGCGCCGCGUGGGCCGCGUACGUCAUCGGCUGCCUCGGCGUGCUCUACCACGACGGCGCCGUCUCGCCGGCGGACGGAGGCCUCGCCAUCCUCGUCGCCUCGGACGUGCCCGAGGCGGCGGGCGUCUCCUCCUCGGCCGCGGUCGAGGUUGCGAGCAUGAGCGCCCUGCUCGCCGCCCUCGGCAAGCCGCCCCUCUCGCCCGACGAGAAGCUCGCCCUCCUCUGCCAAAAGGUGGAGAAUGAGGUGGUCGGAGCUCCGUGCGGCGAGCGGCGGCGAGGGACGGCGACGACCUCCCUCCGAGCCACCUUGCCGAGCCCUCUCUCUCUCUCUCUCUCUCUCUCUCUCUCUCGCAGGUAUCAUGGACCAGCUCGCUUGCGCGCUCGGCCGCGAGGGACGCCUCCUCUCCCUCCUCUGCCGCCCUGCGACCGUCCUCGGCACCGUCCCCAUCCCG